AUGCCCUCCAGUGAGCCCCAUCCCCCUCAGUACCACCUGCCGCACCACACGAUUCCGCCGUCCCUCCAGCACUCGUCAACCUCCUCAGUCCUCGAGCAGCACCAGCAGCUCUACCAGCAACUAGUGGCGGCCCACCACCAGAGCCACCAAGCCCAACAGAGUUCUCAAAAUCAGCAACACGGCGUUACUUUUCAAAAUUCCGCGUUCCCGCACCCGAAACAGGAGAUGAGCCCGGAGGAGGAGGGCGGCCGAGGCGCCGGGUCCCCUCCGGCGGCCGGGGCUGCGCUUCAGCAACCCCACCACCCGCGAACAGCCAGCCCGCCUUCCGGAACCGAGCCCUGCACUCGGGACGCGAUCCCCACCCCCACACCCACCGCAGACACCACCAACUCUACCUCGACGGUACAACUAACCGGAACUGGGACCGCGACCUCCGGGUCCACCAUGACACUCCAGUCCCAGUCGCAGGGGCCGAGUCCGAGCCCCAGCCCCACCGGCGGCGACGUCGAGAAGUUCGACGGCAAGAUCGUCUACAACCCAGACGGCUCCGCUUACAUUAUCGAGGGCGAGAGUGAGCUCAGCGAGGACGAGGGAUCUCUUCCUGACGGCUGCAUCGUCGACGGCCGGGGGAUUUCCGUUUCCCACUCCCUGGUCUUUCCGCAAAUCGCGAGCGCCUUCUACGUCUCCAGGCUGUACGCCCACCAGGCCUACCAGCAGCAGCAGCAACAGCAGCAACAAAGGACCCAGUCCUCGCACAAUCCUGACCUCCCGGUGAUGCACAGUUACCGAGUAAUCAGCUACAGAAGCGCGGAAGGGACCAAGCAGACGAUACAAACGCCAGCCCCGCCUCCACCCUCAACUUCGGUUCCAGUGAAGCCGAUCCUGAUGUGCUUCAUCUGCAAGCUGAGCUUCGGGUACGCCAAAAGCUUCGUGGCUCACGCCCAGGGCGAGCACCAGUUGACGAUGACUGACGAUGAAAGGCAGGUGCUUUCCCAUGCCACCACUUCCGCGAUUAUCCAGGCAGUGGGAAGAGGAAAGCAGCCGGUGGUGAGCUUUCUUGAACCGGUCGCCAGCGCCCAGACCUCCGCAGUAACCUCCGCUUCGCAGACCACGCCGAGAAUCAGCGCCAUCGCAAGCAACAGCACCACCACCACCACCACCAGCAACAACGAUAACAUCGAACACGAAACGCAGACGACGACGAGCACACCUGCAAGCACACCAGGCAUCCCCAGCAGUCCCCAGGCCCAGCAAAGGCCGUCUCCCAGCACCCCAACGACUCCCACGUCGCAUUCCUCGCUGAACUUCAACCACCAGCAGUCCCACACGUGGACUGGAGGUCAGGUCAGCGCAGCUUCCUGGGCGAAAGCUCCCGACGCAAUGCACUAUACUUCUCCGCCUCCGCCACCACCUUCUUCGACCAAAGGCUCGCCUUCGUCUUACGCCGCUUUGACUCAGCAGCCGCCGAACUUUUUAACUGGUACGACGAUUGGUGUGUGUCCUGAACACAUGCAGGGCCGGCCCAGCGGCGUCGAGUGUCCCAAGUGCGAGCUUAUCUUGGCGAGCAGCAGGCUUGCAGGUCCAGGUGGUCCUCUUGCGGGUAUCCACAGCAGAAACUCCUGCAAGACUCUCAAGUGUCCCAAGUGCAAUUGGCACUACAAGUACCAGGAGACUCUUGAGAUCCACAUGAAGGAAAAGCACCCUGAAAGCGAGACUUCCUGCAUCUACUGCAUCGCCGGUCAGCCUCACCCCAGGUUAGCACGCGGAGAAACCUACACCUGUGGGUACAAACCCUACAGGUGCGAAGUCUGUAAUUAUUCCACCACCACCAAGGGGAAUCUGAGCAUUCACAUGCAGAGCGAUAAGCAUCUUAAUAAUAUGCAGGAGCUCCAGCAAGGAGGCGGAGCUGUUGCAGCCGCUGCAGCCACUAGCAAUCCUUCCUCGUCUCAGGACGCACCGAUGCCCACGCGGAGUCCGCACCAUCAGAACCACAGUCCCCAUUUGAGCGGGCCUGCUACCACUCAAGGCAAGCCCAAGCCUACUUUCAGGUGCGACGUCUGUAAUUAUGAGACUAAUGUUGCCCGGAAUCUCAGGAUACACAUGACCAGUGAGAAACACACGCACAAUAUGUUGGUGCUGCAGCAGAAUGUCAAGCACAUGCAGACUCUCUCUGCGCUCCAGUCCCACCAUCAGCAGCAGCAGCAACAGCAGCACCAUCAGCAGCAGCAGCAGCAGCAACAACAACAGCAACAACAGCAACAGCAGCAGCAAUUGGAGCAAUUGCUGCAUCUGGGAGGGCUUGACAAGCCCCAACAUGCUGAAGCUGCGCUUGCAGACAUGGCCUACAACCAGGCGCUGCUGAUCCAGAUGAUGACUGGAGGACAACUGCCUCCUCAGCUUCCUCCCGAGCUUAUGGGAGGCAUGGCCAAUAUGUCUGCGAUGGGGAACCUGGGAGGCGAUGUUGGAUUGUCUCCCGAGAGUAUGGAACCUCCUCCAGAGACUGCCGACCCGGAUCCUGCCCAGCUUUACCAGUGCUGCGUCUGCAAUAACUUCAGCACGGAUUCUCUGGAGGCCCUGGGGCACCAUCUGGCCGUCGACAGGACCAGGACCAGGGAGGGGGAGAUUCUGGCUCUGGUGUCCGGAAACUUUGUCUGCAAGCUCUGUAAUUACAAGACUAACUUGAAGGCGAACUUCCAGCUGCACUGCAAGACGGAUAAGCAUCUCCAGCGGCUGCAGCACGUUAACCAUGUCAAGGAGGGUGGGAUCAGGAACGAGUGGAAGUUGAAGUACUUGGCCUCUCCCACCAGCACGGCCCAGUUGAGGUGUCAUGCUUGUGAUUAUUACACAAACAGUGCGCAUAAGUUGGCUCUUCAUGCUUCUUCGCCAAGACAUGAAGCUGCCGCGUUGCUGCUCAGACACCUUGUUGAAGCCAGUUCAGGGGUUCAGUCGAUCGGCAAGAUCUACCACUGCGCCUUGUGCGGGUUCAACGCGAGACAUAGACUGCAUUUACUCCAACAUGUCAGGUCCUUCAAGCACUUGCAUAUGGAGCAGCUUCAUCAGAUGCACAGGAGGAAUACUAUUCAGAGCAACGAUCCCCCGCAUACCGAUAUUGGGGAUGUUUUUCAAGUUGUUGCUGAUCCUGAUGCACCUGCCAAUCAGCAAACUAGUCCCACUACUCCUACUACACCGAAUCCCAACAUUAAUCAUGAGCCAGACAACGACCAUGACCCGGACCAAGAUCCAGAAAACGAACCGGAGGAGGUGGUGUGUCCGUUGUGCACGUACCAACCGACCUCGAAAGAAGAGUUGAAGCAGCACUUGCAAAUAGCGCAUACGCAAGACUCUGACGAAAAAAUGGAAGUGAAAGAGGAGCCGAGCCAAGACUUUAUCUGUCCUCUGUGCCAGGACGGCUUCAAAGACCGUCCAGCUUUGGAGAAACACGUGAUGCAAAUCCACUCUGUAAACGCAGACGGUCUUGCCCGACUGCUUCUGCUGGUAGACCAGAGCCACUGGCUGAACAACAACCCAAGAAACACAUCGACCCCCGCAAUGACUCCCACAUCUCCAUCAACCGCCAAGCAGAACGUUCCAUCCGAGGAAGAGAACGACCGAGCUCCAGAAGAAGUCGACGAGCUGACCCGCUGCAGCAUUUGCGGGCGCUUGUGUCGUUCCUUGGAAGAACUCCAGCAGCACCACCGAGAAUCUCACCCCGCUGCGACACCAGCUCUGGCAGUCAGCGAGAAACACGUCUACAAGUACCGGUGCGGACAAUGCAGCCUGGCGUUCAAAACCCUGGACAAGCUGCAGCAGCACGCUCAGUACCACGCAAUCAGAGAUUCAACCAAGUGCGCUCUCUGCGGUCGUUCCUUUCGUUCCAUUCAAGCUCUGCAGAAGCACAUUGAAGCAGCUCACGGAGAUUUGCAAGAAGACGCGAUCAACCAGUACAAACAAAGUCUUCUGCAAGCUCACCCUCUUCUCCAGGCCAUCACCGAGGAAGCCCUCAGGCGCCAGGUCAGUCUAGCAGAGGAGCAAAACGCCGAGGAAGAAACUCGCGGGAGUGUCAGCGGAGUCGGAAACGCCAGUGCUACCGGCGGAGAUGAAGACGAGAGUGAUGCCAGCGACUCGUCCUCCAUGCACAAAGACCAGAGACUCAUGGAGGACUACUUGAACAGCCAAGCGAUGGCUGAAGACUCCUAUCAGUCUAAUGACGCAGGUCGCAAAUUCAAGUGCCAUCGUUGCAAAGUAGCAUUUACCAGACAGAGCUACCUCACUGGACACAACAAGACUCUUCUUCAUCGCAAGGGCGAGAAAAUGACCUACCCAAUGGAGAAGUACCUCGACCCCAACAGACCUUACAAGUGCGACGUCUGCAAGGAAAGCUUCACGCAGAAGAACAUCUUGCUGGUUCACUACAACAGUGUCAGCCACUUACAUAAAUUGAAGCGCGCUGUCCAAGAACAGGGUAAUAACAACACGAUAUCAGUUCCACCAUCGAGUCCCACUGAUACACCAGAUUCUCAGGUUGAUCAGGACAAAAAACCCUACAAGUGUAAUAUUUGCAAGGUUUCGUAUACCCAAAGCAGUACUUUGGACAUUCACAUGCGAAGUGUGCUCCACCAAACGCGGACCAGCAAGAUUCCUGAUCUUGCUGCUAGUGGGCAGCUGGAUUUAGCGAGGCCUUUGAUUGAGCAGCCGACUUUGAGUCCUGAAAGUCCGCCCUAUAAUUCGAAUAACAAUUCUGGAAGUAAUAAUAGUAGUGUUAUUUCUUGUGGAAGGUGUAAUGCUUCGUUUGUCAGUCAAGAUCAAUUGGUGACACAUCAGCAGCUUUAUUGUAUGUUCAGCAGUCCCUUGGCGCUGUUCCAGCAAUUAGCGGCGACUCAGCAAUUGGCUGAGAAUGCGCAAAAUGCCGCGGGGCAGCAAAUUGCGCAGCAGGUCGCUCAGCAACAGCAUCAGAAUCAGGCUCAGGAUAUUCUUUCGCAGCCUAGGCACAAGACUUCGCAGAUGUACAAGCAUUUGUUGGAGAGUUUUGGGUUUGAUUUGGUGAUGCAGUUCAAUGAGAACCAUCAGAGAAGACAGAGAAAAGAGGAGGAGGCCGCUGCUGCGCUACAGGCUCAGCAGGAACAGCAGAAACAGGAGCAGCAGAAGCAGGCGCUAGCUGCCCAGCAACAGAUGCAGCAGGUUAGUGCUCAGGAAAGGGAUGAAGAUGAGGAUGGAGAAGAAGAAGCGAUACCUGAAUUGACUCGCAGCACUUGUCAGCAUUGCAAUAAAGAGUUUAGCAGUGUUUGGGUGUUGAAGGCACAUUGUGAAGAAGUCCACAGAGAUCUGGUGCCUAGAGAGUUUCUGGAGAAGUACGCGCAGCAGUUCAAGUGUGAAUAUGAGAAGAAGAGUGUUGUUGUUACUGCUGCGACGUCCUCGUCGACCAACACUGCACCUAGAAGUUCAACACCUGCCAAUGCUAAUCAGGGUCAACAAUUGCCGCAGGAUUUAAGCUCUGAUAAAGAAAAGAAGGACAAAGAGAGGGAGAAAGAUAAGGACAGGGAGGAUAGAGAAAAGGACAAGGAGGAGAAAGAAAGAGGUAGAGGCACUCCUGAAGCUUCGUCAACGACUCCAGCGACUACACCUGCGCUGUCAAACACUCCGGUAUCUAGUACUGAUUCAACGGGACAGGCUAAUGCGCACCAUGGGGUUCAGCAGCAUCCUCAGUUACAAUUGUCUCAGCAACAGCUCAAUGACAUGCAAGCUGCAGCGUUUAUGGCUGCUUCUCAACUUCAACAUUUGCAACAGUAUCCGCAAUUGAUGAUGGGCAUGAUGGGAUUACCGUUCAAUCUAGCAGCUAUGAAUUUACAACCACCACUGCGCGCCCGAACCCGGAUAACCGACGACCAACUGAAGAUCCUUCGAGCUCACUUCGACAUAAACAACUCCCCCGGUGAAGAGCAAAUAAUGGAGAUGGCUGCUCAGAGUGGGCUUUUACCAAAAGUAAUUAAGCACUGGUUCCGUAACACGCUCUUCAAAGAGCGACAGCGCAACAAAGACAGCCCUUACAACUUCAACAACCCACCAUGUACAACCUUAAACCUGGAAGAGUACGAAAAAACCGGAGAAGCCAAAGUAACACCCUUGAACUCAAGCGGAAACUCCGGAGCGAGUUCCUCUGACGAUAAAAGCCCGAACAAGCAAUCAGUAUCACCACCAGCGAUCUCUAUUCCGUCUACCGCUACGUCAACUGCUACCUCAAUAGCGCCUAUCACCGAGAUAAAGCAGGAGCCGAUCAGCGAGCCGCUGCUCAGUCACCAACUGCACCAGCAAUUGCAGGCUCAGCAACUGGACGAGUCCCAUCAUUCACCAGGGAGUUCCGGAGACCAGCAGUCAAGGCCUCACUCUCCAGCGCUCAGCAUGAGCUCAGUGUUCUCCGGUCUCCACCACGACCUGUCCUCGCACAUGCCUUCAACAACCAGCGCGUCAAGCGCCCCAAUGCUCCCGCCAAAGUUAACGCCGCAGAAUUUCGCAAGCCCAAACUCUGGGCUCGCCGGAACGAUUCCGACCUCGAUGGCUGGCGCCCUCUCUCUGACACCUCAGCGAUCGAUCAGUCCCGGGCGUAAUCCCACGGAUUUUUCCUUCAGCGGCAACAGCAACGGCAGCAAUUCCUCAAGCAGUUCUGGAAAAAGAGCAAACCGUACUAGGUUCACCGAUUACCAGAUAAAAGUCCUCCAGGAGUUCUUUGAGAACAACGCCUACCCAAAGGACGACGACCUGGAGUACCUCAGCAAGCUCCUGGGUCUCAGUCCCCGAGUGAUCGUCGUUUGGUUCCAAAACGCCCGACAGAAGGCCCGCAAGGUCUACGAAAACCAACCGGCAGCCGAACCAGUCACUCCAGGAGGAAACCGCGAGGUCGAUGACGGUUCCGGGAGGUUCCAACGCACUCCUGGACUCAACUAUCAGUGCAAAAAGUGUCUACUAGUGUUCCAACGAUACUACGAACUGAUCCGUCAUCAAAAGACCCACUGCUUCAAAGAGGAAGAUGCUAAAAGAAGUGCCCAGGCUCAAGCAGCCGCUGCUCAAGUUGCCGCUGUUCUAAGUUCCGAAGACAGUAAUAGCAGUUCCACCACGACGACAAACGCCGUGCCAAACAACCCAUCUAACGUUCCAGUGCUCACCGACCAGCUCCAACAGCCUCUGAACACUCCCACCCCGCCGCAUCUGCAGCCGACUCCCUCGGUUCAAAGUCCGCAGAGUCAGCAACAGCAGAACCAGAACCAGAACCAAAACCAGCAGCCAAACCCCCAAGUAGAAGUCAAAGAGGAAAAUUUUCAGUGCGACAAGUGUAAUCUGAUGUUCAGUCGGUUUGAACUUUGGCGCGAGCACCAGUUGGUACAUAUCAUGAACCCAUCGCUUUUUCCGGCCUCCUACGCGCCUGACUCAGCCUUCGGGAUUCUUCAACAGCAAGCUCUGAACGCCACUUCCGGCUCUGAUCUACAGCAGCAUCCUCUGUUGGCGAUGAUGCAAGACCGGAAAAGGAAGUUUGACGACUAUGAUGACAGUAUUGUGGGAAAUGAGAGCCGCAGCAACUCUGAGCACAGUGAGCAGCCUAAAGACAAGCGGCUGAGAACGACCAUCUUGCCGGAGCAGCUAGACUAUCUUUAUCAGAAGUACCAGAUCGAGUCUAACCCCUCGAGGAAGAUGCUGGAGACGAUAGCCCGCGAGGUGAAUCUCAAGAAACGCGUUGUACAAGUGUGGUUUCAAAACACUCGCGCUAGAGAACGCAAGGGACAGUUUCGCGCUCACAGCCAGGUCAUCAACAAGCGGUGUCCCUUUUGUCCCGCGCUUUUCAAAGUAAAGUCCGCGCUUGAGUCCCAUCUGAGCAGCAAGCACGCCGACCAGGUCGCGAGGGGCGAAGUUAACAUCGACAACAUUCCCGAUGAAGAACUCUCGAUGGACUCUGCUCCUUCGAAUCCGAGCACUCCCAGCCUGAUGCCGCCGCUUUUCUCGGCGUUUAACAACGAGCUCGACACCUCGAUCAUCAAGAGGCUCUACGAGGAGUCCAUGAAGAGCUACAUGAGCGAGCUCACCGCUCACACCUCCAAUGGCCGCCCUGAAACUGCCGUCACCCAGGGAAUGAGCAACAGCAACGCCAAUACGGCCACCGGGGAGUCCCCUUUGGACCUGAGCAAGCCCGUCGACCUAAGCCGGUCCAUGAAAUUCAGUCUCACCGGGCUGAGUAGUCUCCUCGAGGAGCAACAGAAUGUUCCUUCGCACUUUCGCGGUGGGAGUGACUGUGGACCUCUUACGGACUUGUCCGAGCGCAGCAUUUGUGACGACGACAGCAUGAGUGAAACUACUGAGUUUCUGGAUGACGAAAGUGGGCCUCCCAGCCCGGCGUCCAGCACUCAAAGCUCGCGACACGGCAACGCUACGACACCUAGCGGAAUUACCACUCCCACUGGUUUGCCUGGGAGUGGGGGAAAUGCCAGUGGAGGAAAUGGAACCGGAAGCAACUCUAACGCCGGCGGGCAAUCUGGGGGAAAGCGGUACCGCACUCAAAUGUCCGCGACUCAAGUUAAAGUAAUGAAGUCACUGUUUUCGGACUACAAAACUCCGACGAUGGCCGAGUGUGAGAUGCUGGGACGCGAGAUCGGGCUUCCAAAGCGUGUGGUCCAGGUAUGGUUUCAGAACGCACGCGCAAAGGAGAAGAAAGCUCGCCUCGCGGCCGGCCUCCCGGCAGAGGGAUCCACCGUCCAGCCGCACCGCGGCCCGACUGGCCCUGACGAGUGCAGACUAUGUUCUGUCAGGUACUCACCCAAGUCACCACUGCAAGAGCACGUAUUUUCAAAGCGCCACAUCGAAGCCGUGAGGCUCGCUGUUGAAGAUGGCUCUCUGGUCCCGCCCACUCCCGGCGCUCCGAUCUCCCUCGGGAGCGUCGCGGCCUCCGGACAACACACCGCCAGCCAGAAUCAGCAGACCAGCGAGGAGAGCAUGAUGUACGGAGCCCUGUUCCUCCAUCCUACGGCGAUGUUUCAGGGGCAGCAGCACCAGGCCACUACUACCGGGGCCAACACCGCUACCACCACCCCCGGUGAGUGUCUGGCUGACCUCUUAGACUCCUAA